GCGAGUAAUGGUUGUUAAAAGCUGAAUCAUUCGGAAUAACAUUAAUUUUUGCCGGUUUCAUAAUAGUGAGAUUGUAAAGAGUAUCAUUAGAAAACUAUCAAGACUUUUACCAUGGACAAGGUUACUGAGCUGAAAGACAAAGGAAAUGCCGCUCUUCAAGCCAACAACUUUGAAGAAGCUGUCAAAUUCUAUACUGAAGCCAUAACUCUGGAUCCUAACAAUCAUGUCCUCUUUUCAAAUCGUUCAGCAGCACACGCAAAAGCUGGAUCCUAUGAGAAAGCUUUGGAAGAUGCAGAAAAAACAGUUCAAAUCAAACCAGACUGGGCGAAGGGUUACUCCAGGAAAGGCAGUGCUUUGGCUUACCUAGGCCGGCUGGAGGAGUCUGUAAAAGCUUACGAGGAAGGCUUAAAACUCGACCCAAACAAUGCCCAAAUGAAGGAGGGUUUGGCUGAGGUACAAGCCCAAGUGAUGGGCCCAUUUGGAGGUAAGGAUUCGUUGUCCAAUCCUUUCAAGUCGCCCGAUAUAUUUGUCAAACUAAGAAAUGAUCCUAGAACCUCUCACAUGCUCAAUGAUCCGGAGUGUAUCAAGUUGAUAAACGCUCUGCAAAACAACCCCAACACCUUAGGAGAGAAGCUGAGUGACCCGCGGACGUUGACCAUCCUCAGUGUGUUGUUGGGAGUGAACCUGGCGGAGCACAACGAUGACUCGUCACCCAUGGAUGUCGACCCACCCUCUCGCUCUACCCCGCCUCCUCCCAAGAAAACUCCCACACCUCCCCCAACUGCUGAGGAACUCAACCUGACCCAAGAGCAGAGAAAGGCAAGAGAAGAAAAGGAGUUGGGGAAUGCAGCGUACAAGAAGAAAGAUUUUGAGACUGCACUAACCCACUAUAAUAAGGCUGUUGAAUUAGACCCAACAGAUAUAACUUAUCUUAACAACAUAGCAGCGGUAUAUUUUGAACAAAAAGAAUAUGAAAAGUGUAUAGCACAGUGUGAGAAAGCGGUUGAAGUUGGCAGAGAAAAUAGAGCAGAUUAUAAACUUAUCUCCAAGGCUUUUUCGAGAGUUGGAAACUGUUAUAGAAAACUAGAGAAAUGGAGAGAAGCAAAAACCUACUAUGAGAAAGCUAUGUCAGAGCACAGAACGCCCGAAGUAAAAACAAUACUUUCCGAUCUGGAUAAGAAAAUCAAAGACGAGGAGAGGAAAGCCUAUGUAGACCCAGCCAAAGCAGAAGAAGCCAAAGAGAAGGGAAAUGAACUGUUUAAAAAUGGAAAUUACGGAGAAGCUGUCAAAUACUACACAGAAGCCAUCAGACGCAACCCAGAUGAUGCAAAGUACUACAGCAACAGAGCUGCUUGCUACACGAAGCUGGCUGCGUUUGAUCUGGGCCUUAAGGACUGCGACGACUGUGUCAGAUUAGAACCUAAAUUCAUCAAAGGCUGGAUUAGGAAAGGGAAGAUUCUGCAAGGCAUGCAACAACCCAGUAAAGCCAUCACUGCCUACCAAAAAGCUCUGGAGAUUGACCCAAACAACCAGGAGGCGCUGGAUGGAUACAGACAGUGCAGUGUGGCAGUCAACUCAAACCCCGAGGAAGUCCGGAAGAGAGCCAUGAAUGAUCCAGAGGUCCAGACCAUCCUGAGGGACCCUGCAAUGAGACUUAUCCUAGAACAGAUGCAGAACGACCCCAAAGCCCUCCAGGACCAUCUGAAGAAUCCUGAUGUAGCAGCGAAAAUUCAAAAACUACUUGAGUCUGGACUGAUUGCCAUCCACUGAGAAGAAGAAGAGUCUUAAGGAUAUUGAAGUUGUCAACAAGGUCCAUUCCUGAAUAUCGGAUCUUAAAAAUCUCGUUUUGAAUUUAACUUCCAAUUUACGUUUAAUUUUAUAUAUGCAAAUAUUUGAGAUCCUUUCUAUAUAUCACUUAUAAGUUAACCUAAGCAUUAAGUUUGUUCUCUGUUUACAUGUCCCAAUCAUAUUUUAUUAUAUCGUUCCUCGUUAAAAAACUUGUUACGUCUUUUUUUAUUUUUUUAGUAACCGUUGGUAUUAUUAAAGCAGAACAGCCAAUCUAUAAUGAUAAAAGUGAUAUAAUAUUGUAAAACAAUUUGAAGUUUGGAGUUAAAAUACUCUGCAUCAGUAUGUACUUAAAAGUACAAACAUGAAUGUACAUAGGAAUUUCAAGCCAGUUAAAUAAUUGCUUGCCAAUUUUGGUUUUUAGAGAAAUUUAUAUUGAAAUUCCACUUAAACAAUUCAAGCAAUCUAAAGUUAUUGAUUUAUGAGGUUUAUAUUGUCUUCGUUUCACAUAAUUUGCAUUGCUUGAAUUUAAUAUUUCUACAUAUAUAACGAAUGAACUAGUGCUUACAAAUAAAAUUUUGUAAAACA